AUGACAUCGGAAACGGAAACUGUUCCAGAACCCGCUGGCGCGCCGCAGAUGGUGUCGCCUGGUGACGCGUCGGACGCGGAUUGGGUGAUCAACCUCUGUCACUACAUCUCACCAUCCGCCUCCCCUCCCCAUGCCCCUCAUCACUCCCUCUUCCAGAACCCAGACACGGAGCGCCCAGACACGGAGGUGGUGGACGAGCCUCUGUAUGCCCACUUCCUAGCCGUCACCGACACGGAGGUGGUGGACGAGCCUCUCUAUGCCGACUUCCUCACAGUCACUGGUGCUGCCCAGCCGUCCCACACCCGUCUCACUCCCAGAUCGUAUUCUGACACCCCACUACCUCCCCACUCCUCUCAUCCCUCUCCCCGUGACACCCUUCUCUCCCUGCAGCGCCCAGACACGGAGCGCCCAGACACGGAGUUGGUGGACGAGCCUCUGUAUGCCCACUUCCUGACAGUCACCGGUGCUCCGCGGCCGUACAGGCAGCUGGUGCUGGAUAGCAUGGAUUCCAACGGCAAGAGGGUGGUAGAUCAAGUCGUUUUCGGCCCCCGAAGCUCCAAACCUCUUCGUUUUGUUAAGCACAUGGCGAAGCAGUGCAGAGAGGAGCUUCAGGCUUCGCUGCUGUCACGCGGGCGGCAUGUCAUUCUCAUCCGCGACCCCAUGCUGCUCAUCCCAUCCUUCGGUGAGGUCUCCCCCCCUUCUCUCUCCGAGACGGCUCUCCCCCACCUCCUCACCAUCCACUCUGCGCUCUCCCACAUGGGCCGACCCCCGCCUGUGGUGGACGCUACCCAGCUGCAGUCCAACCCCCAGGGCGUUCUCAUGGCUCUCUGCCAAGCGCUAGACAUCCCUUUCUAUCCAGAAAUGCUCUCCUGGCCUGCAGGCAAGCGACCAGAGGACGGGGUGUGGGCUCCCUGGUGGUAUACCACCACGCAUGCCUCCACUGGUUUCGCCCCUCCUGCUCUUUACCCCAAGCCAUUCCCAAUGGAGCACUACUCUCUGCUAGAGGACUGCCGCCCAUUCUACUCCUUGCUCCACUCCAAAGCCCUCGUACCGCUCACCACCGCUGCCGACUCCUCCACCACCGCUCCCACCACCAUCUCCCCCUAUCCCUCUGUCUCUCCUCUCCCCUCGCCCCCUCUCCCUGUGCCGGCCAACAAGCAGCUGCUGGUGUGGGUGGGGGAGGAGGGUCUAGUGCCACAACGAGAUGCCAAGAUUCACGUGCUGGACUCUGCAGUGCAAGGGGGAGACGCUGUGUGGGAGGGUCUGAGAGUGUACGAUGGACGCAUAUUCAAGCUGCAAGAGCAUCUUGACCGUCUCUUCGACUCUGCCAAGGCUAUGGCAUUUGCGAACGUGCCACCACGGGAGCAUGUGGUGCAGGCACUGUUGUCCACCCUUGCUGCCAAUGGCAUGAGGGACAACGCUCAUGUCCGACUCACCCUCACUCGCGGGAAGAAGACUACAUCAGGGAUGAGCCCUCAAUUCAAUCUCUAUGGUUGCACACUAAUCGUCCUGGCGGAGUGGAAACCCCCAGUGUACGACAACACACGGGGCAUCAAGCUUGUUACUGCCUCUACUCGAAGAAACUCACCACAAUGUGUGGAUUCGCACAUCCACCACAACAACCUCAUUAAUAACAUCCUCGCUAAGAUCGAGGGGAACAACGCAGGGGCAGACGAUGCAGUGAUGCUCGACGUGCAUGGAUAUGUCAGCGAAACCAACGCUACCAACAUUUUCAUGGUGAAGAGAGGCUGCAUCUUAACCCCUCACGCCGACAGCUGCUUGCCAGGCAUCACCCGCGCCACGGUUAUUGAGCUGGUGAGACAGGAAGGCAUUCCCAUUCAGGAGUGCAACAUCACCACUGCUCAGCUGCAUGCUGCUGACGAGGAGUGCAACAUCACCACGGCUCAGCUGCAGGCUGCUGACGAGGUGAGGCAUGGGUGA